AUGAGUAAAUAGAUUAAGGCAAUGUUAAUUAAGAAUUUGAAAAUGAGUUUUAGAAAUGGAGAACUAUAUUCUGACAUUACUAUUCCAAUAUUUGUGGCUUGUAUGUUAUCAUUGAAAGGUAUUAUGAAUAUGUAUAAUAUAGAACAAUUGAGUUCACUUAAUUAAAUCUUACCAAUAUUGUAUAGUUUUGCAAUAUUACCAACAGCAAGAUCAAUAAUGGUGCAUUUAGUGGAAGAGAAGAGUAAGAAGUAUAAGGAAUUGUAAGGAGUAAGUAAAAGAUUUAUAAUUUAUAGAUUAUGGGAUUGAGUUAAUCGUCAUAUAAAAUGGGAUGGUUGUUGACAGGAUAUUUAAGAAUGACACUAGCUUUGAUAUUCUUUUUCCUUUCAUAAAUAUUAUUCAAUCUAAUUGUUUAAUUGGAUUGGGAUUUUUAUUAUAUAAAUUCAUUUUCUGAACUAAUGUGGCCAUAUAUAGUAUAUGGAUAUGCAGUAAAUUAAUUAUUAUAAUAGAGUCAAUAAAUUAAUCAUUUUUAUUUGCUUCAUUAAUGAAUGAAUCUAGAAUAGCAGGAGAAGUAGCAACAUUUUUUUGUGUAGGUUUUAGCUUUUUAAUAUUUUUAACUUUUAUAGAAUAGGCUGCUACGUAUAUUUUAAAUAUAAUAAUUAAGGUCUAUUUCAUUCUAUAUUGUAGUAGGCUUCUUGAGUCCAUAAUGCAAUAUAGGAUUUGAAUACAUAACAGCCUUAUAAAUAGGAGUUAAUAGAGUAGGUGCUAAUGUAGCUUGGUUUGAUCCUUUAUUAAAAUAACCAAUGAAUAUAUUUCCAGUUAUAUUGAUAAAUGAAACUUACAAUUUGUAAGAUGCAGGAUAUCAAUUAAUUGUUACUAUGUUAUUAUAUUUGAUUUUGGCUCUUUAUUUUGAUUAAGUAAUACCAAAUGAUUAUGGAAUAUCUAAACAUCCAUUAUUUCUAUUAGGGAUAAAUUAAAAAGAGAAUGCUAAGAAUGGAGAAUGUCUAUUAUUAGAAACACAAAAAGAUGCUACAUCAGCAUUAUAUUAUGAAACUAUUUAAGAAGAUUUAGAACCUACUAUUUAUGUAGAUAAUCUUACGAAAUAAUUUAAUAAUAAGAAUGUAGUUAAUAAUCUUACUUUCCGACUUUAUGAAAAGCAAAUCUUUUGUUUACUUGGACAUAAUGGUGCUGGUAAGACUACAACUAUUUCAAUGUUGACAGGAUUAAUAGCUAAAAGUAAAGGAAGAAUUUAAAUGUAUUAAAUGAAUUUUGACAAUUAAUUGAAAUAAAUUAGAAAUCAUAUUGGUUUAUGUACUUAAUAAGAUUGUCUUUAUGAAUAUUUGACUGUUAGGUAUUAUUAUUAUUAUAUUUUGAAAGGGAACAUUUAAAAUUCUUUUCUGAUAUCAAGAAUUCUGAAGAAAGCGAGUUAGAUAAUAUUUUAGAUAAAACAGAAUUAAAAAAUGAAUAAAAUAAAAUAGUUUAGACAUUAUCAAAAGGUAGUUUAAGAAAAUUAAGUUUGGCAAUAUCUUUAAUAGGGAAUUCUAAAAUAAUAUUUUUAGAUGAACCAACAUCUGGAAUGGAUGCAUUUUCAAGAAGAUCUAUAUGGAAUAUUUUAUAAAAGAUUAAAUAAGAAUAGAGAACUAUAAUAUUAACAACUCAUCAUUUAGAUGAAGCAGAAAUGUUAGCUGAUAGAAUUGGUAUUAUGUAAAGAGGAGAAUUGUUAGCAGAAGGAACUUGUAAUUUUAUUAAGAAAACGUUUGGAGAAGGAUAUACUAUUUAAUUAAGAAAAGAAUCUAUUAAAUAUUAAGAUGUCUCUGAAAUUCUAUCUUAAGCAAAGAUUGUAUCUGAAUAAUGUCAUAAAUCAUAAUUAACUUUUUAAAUUUCAUUUGAAUAUUAAGAUAAACUUGAAAAUAUUUGUUAAAAAUUAGAAGAAUAAGGAAUUGAAAUUGAUUUAAGAUUGAAUACUUUAGAAGAAGCAUUUGUUAAAAUUGGAGAACAAGAAUAAUUAGAAUUAAGUAAAUCAAAUUCAAGAAGAUCAAUGAGUUUAUAAAUGAUUCAAAAUGCUGAAGAAGGUUAUUAAUAAUUCAUAGAAAAUGUACCUGCAAGUGUUAAAGAUAAACCUAAAUAUAGUUUAUAUAGUUAAUGUUUAGCCAUGUUUUAACGUAGAUUUUAUACUACAAUAAGAACUAAUACAAAUAUUUUGGCAUUUUUAAUGCCUAUUUUGACUAUUUUAUUAGGAUUAUUAGUAGCUAAAUAUGUUUAAUUUUCUGGAAGAUUAUCAAGAAAUGAUGAUGCUUAAUUAUUUUUAAAGAUUUCCAUAUUAGCAUGUGUAGGAGUGAUUGGAUUUUCAUUUAAUUCAAGUUUAUAUGUAACAUUACCAGUUCUAGAAAAAGAAUGUUAAUUAAAAGAAGUUAUGAUUUGUUCUGGAUGUAGGAUUAUUGGAUAUUGGUUAGGUACAUUUCUAUUUGAUUUUAUUGUUUACUUCAUUAUCAUAGUCUUUUUAUUAAUUAUGGGUGCAAUAUUAAGUCUUGAAGCAAUAACAGAUUUCUGGUGGUAAACUAUCCUUAUUUAUUUAUGUUUUGGAUUAAGCUACAUUACUUGUAUUUAUUUAUGUAGUUUUCUUUUUAAUGAUGUAGCAAAAGCUAUGAAAUUAUUUGUUUUAUCCAUUUUCUUUUAUUGCUUUUGUUUACCUAUGGUACUUUUGGGUUUGACUAAUUUUAUUUAUCAUAUAGAUUCUAUUCAAUCCUUUGAAAUAUUAGUAUAUAUCUUUUAAGUACUCUUUAUGGUAUAUUAUUUAUUACAUAUUUAAGAUAACAUGUCCAUUUUAUAAUUAUUAUUUUGCUUAUGCUUGUAUGCCUCAUUUAAAUAAAGGUCUUAAAGCUGAAUUAGGAGGAUUACGUCUUAUUACAUAUCAUAGUUACUGGUAUGUUAUUAUGCUCAUUUAUUAAUUUUUAUAAUAUUCUAUGCUAGUCUACUAUUUAGAAUGGAAAAGAAUCUAAAGAAAUUAAAAAAUCAAAUCAUUUACUUAAGAUACAUAAUUAGAUGAUGAUGUUUUAAAUGAAUAAUAAAGAAUAUUUAAUGGCACUGAUGAUAUUAUUCAAGCUUAAUAGAUCUAUAAGAAAUAUUAGAAAUAAUAACAAUUUGCUUUAAAUAAUAUAUCUUUUGGAUUAAAAGAAGGAUAAAUAAUGGGAAUAAUUGGACCAAAUGGUGCAGGUAAAUCAUCUUUAAUAAAUGUUUUAACAAAUAUUAAUAAAACUACUUAUGGAAUAAUUAAUAUUAAAUAUCCUGAUUAGUUACAUAUAGGAAUAUGUCCAUAAUAUGAUUGUAUAUGGGAAAAUCUUACUGUAAAAGAACAUUUAAAUGUAUUUAGUAAAUUAAGAGGAUUGUCAGGUAAAUAUUAAGAUGAAGCUGUUUUAUAUUUUUUAUAAAAUGCUGAAUUAUACAAUUUUAGAAAUACUAGAGCUGGAUAACUUAGUGGAGGGAAUAAAAGAAAAUUAUGUGUAGCAUUAGCUUUAAUAGGUGGUAGUGAUAUAACAUUCUUUGAUGAACCAACAACAGGAGUUGAUCCUAUAUCUAGAAGAACUUUGUUUAAAACUUUAAAGUAAAAUGUAUCUAUUAGAAAAUGUUCUGUUAUUUUAACAACAUAAGUUAUAGAUGAAGCUGAGAAUCUAAGUGAUACUCUUGGAAUCUUAAUUGCAGGAUAAUUUAUAUGUUAUGGUGAACCUAAUUAUUUAAAAUAGUAUACUUUAUUAUAUUAAAUUAGAAAAUAUUCUGAUGGCUAUUAUAUAUCUAUCUUAUUUAAUUAAAAUUAUUCAGAAAAAGAUAUUUUAGAUAUUUUAACUAAAUAAUUUAAUAAUUUUACUUAAAUUAAAGAAAUUAGAAAAUAUUAUCUUACAAUCAAUAUUCAAAUUAUCAGUUUCUAUUCUACUUUUAAAUUGCUUAAUCAAUUAAAAUAAUAAUAAAUUAUAUAAGACUUUUCUAUUUCUAAGAGGUAUUCUAAAUUAAUAUUAAUUCUAGCUCUCUUGAGAAUAUUUUUGUUCUCUUUACAAAAUAGCAAAAUGAAAUCAAUGAAUAACUAGGUGUUGCGGUCCAAUGA